GAAAUCCCCCCCUUGCCGCCCGCCAUUAUCGGAAGGAAGCGGGAAGGGGACCAAACCACCGGUCUCCUCUUCUUCCCGCAGGUAAUCAGCCAGAUGAAGAACCAGAAAAUGGCGAAUAGAUCGUCACGCGACAACAACAAGGUGUUCGCCAGUUUGACUCGCAAAGAUGAUUCAGAUAUUGAUCCGUCUUACAAGAUUUUCUUGGAAAAUCUAAUUGAAGAUGGAAGUGCGUAUGUGUUUCAUAUGCCAAAUGGGGACCAUGGCUUGCCUGCUUCCAUCAGGUAUGAAGAGGAUGUUAUGCCAUAUGGAGCCGCAAAUGCCAGAGACGGCACAAAUGUCCCCAAAAAAUUGCCACACACAAGUCGGGGUGGUCCGAACGUCGACCGACUAGAUCAAACAUCAGGCAGCGCUGUCAAUGUAAAUGCGGGCCAUUCCUUUCUCCCAAGGACAUCGUCUGUGAAGAAGAACACCUCAGAUGUUGAUGAAUCUUACGCAGAAUUUCUGAGCCUCAUGAAGAUCAAGGAUGGUUUCAUGGUUCUUGAGCUGGAACCAGGUGUUACUGUGGUAUAUGAGCAAGAGGAGGAGACACCCCCUGGAUAUGAUGAAUUGAGAACUGUGGUUAUGUCUGAACGUGGAAUUGACAGGCCUGCUCCAGACAAUUUGCAUGGUCGGGAUUCAAUCUGCACAGAUGAGCAUGGAGUUGUACCUUGUACUGAAUCUUCUGAUUUUGAGGCAUGUGAAGAUUGUGAAGAAGAACCGCUUUCUCUUAGUUGUGGUGCUCCUUCUACAUUUGAUGAAAAACUUGAUUCUGUUUUAAGUCAGCCAUAUGACCAAAAUGAAUACGAAGAGCUUAUGAGAAAAGCCACUGACCAGAAGCCUGUGAGCAGACAAAGACAAUUGCGAAGUGGAUCCAAACGCUAUCCCACAGGAUUCGUUGGACUGUCGUAUCUUGAUCACUACCCAGAUCUGGCCAAGCAAAUCGACACUGCUGACACUAAUGAGAGACGACUGAACCUCCUGCGAAAAUUCUUCUUCUGGCUGGAGAACUUAUGCCAUGAUGGAGCACACAUGCCAUGGAUCCCCAAGGCGCUGGCCUGCAAUCCCAUCGCACCAGAUGACUAACCGAGAACCGGAACAGACACGGUUGUCCAAUAUGCUGCGAGACUGGAGGAAAAACAGGCAGGGUGCAGGUCGAUGCAGCAACUCCUCGAUCGGCAGCUAUGUAAAUAUGUCAACCAUGUACUUUUGUUGUGCGGCCGCAUGUAAGUAGCCUCGUAUGUGCUGCUUUGGGUUUGUGAUUUAGCCAGAUCUGUGUGUGAUCUUCGGUGUUCUCUAUGGUGCUAUGGACGUUUGUUUCUUA